GGAGCGGCGCUCGGGCAUGCGGAUUCGAUAACGAAUCUGUCAACAAUGGAUAACGGUCCCCAUCGACGAGCGUCGCUGGGUCUCAGUAGGCGAUCCUUACCGAGUGCAAGCAAACGAGGAGCAAAAGACGAAGGUUCGAUUCCCCUGGCGCAAGUUCAGAACUCGGACCCAGUACGCGCUUGACCACGCUGCUGAGAAGAUCUUCUUCGUAGUAUCGACGACCGCCGUUCGAACGAACCGUUCGUGAGAACCGAAUCCAACAUGCCAAACUGCCCGAGAUGUGAUAAGCCCGUUUAUUUCGCUGAAAGGAAAACUUCGCUGGGGAAGGACUGGCAUGGUGGCUGCUUACGCUGCGAAAAGUGCAAUAAAACGUUGACACCGGGUAGCCAUUCGGAACACGAAGGCAAACCUUAUUGCAAUCAUCCUUGUUAUUCUGCUCUGUUCGGCCCUGGAGGGUUCGGACGAGGUGGCGCAGAAAGCUACGUUUACAAAAAGUAAACAAUCGACGAUGUAAGGCAGUGAUAACUUAUUGCUGAAUGAACCGCGUUACCUGUGCUAUAGAAUUUAUUGUUAAUGUAAUGAUAAACAGAUCACUUAAGUAUACAUGUGCUAAGUACAAUCCCCUCGUAUGGAAUACGAAAAAUACGCUAUGCAAGACUUCAUAUAUUCAAUUUUUUAUAAGAUUACCUAAUGUAUUAUGUAAUUUCUUAGUAGCU